CUUUCUUUAAUUUUUUUUUUUUUUUGCAAGGAUCCCAAGAGCUAAGGUGGCUGCAGAGGGGAGAGCGGCGCGAGCCAAGUGGGGGGAGGGUGGAGGAAACCCGGGAGAAGGCUUUCUCCAGCCCCCAAAGUUUUGAUGAUGACCAUGACUACGAUGGCUGACGGCUUGGAAGGCCAGGACUCGUCCAAAUCCGCCUUCAUGGAGUUCGGGCAACAGCAGCAACAGCAGCAGCAGCAGCAACAGCAGCCGCCGCCGCCGCCGCCGCCGCCGCCGUAGCCGCACUCGCAGAAGAGCUCCCCGGCAAUGGAAGGGCAUUACCUUCGGCAUUGGUUGCACUCGGCGGCGGCGGCGGCGGCGGCGGCCGGUUCGCACCACCACCACCACCAGCACCACCACCACGGCUCGCCCUACGCGUCGGGCGGCGGCAACUCCUACAACCACCGCUCGCUCGCCGCCUACCCCUACAUGAGCCACUCGCAGCACAGCCCUUACCUCCAGUCCUACCACAACAGCAGCGCGGCCGCCCAGACGCGAGGGGACGACACAGAUCAACAAAAAACCACAGUGAUUGAAAACGGGGAAAUCAGGUUCAAUGGAAAAGGGAAAAAGAUUCGGAAGCCUCGGACCAUUUACUCCAGCCUGCAGCUCCAGGCUUUAAACCAUCGCUUUCAGCAGACUCAGUACCUGGCCCUUCCCGAGAGAGCUGAACUGGCAGCUUCCUUAGGACUGACACAAACACAGGUGAAGAUCUGGUUUCAGAACAAACGCUCUAAGUUUAAGAAACUGCUGAAGCAGGGCAGUAACCCGCACGAGAGCGACCCUCUCCCGGGCUCAGCAGCCCUGUCGCCGCGCUCGCCGGCGCUGCCCCCGGUGUGGGACGUUUCGGCCUCGGCCAAGGGCGUCAGUAUGCCCCCCAACAGCUACAUGCCCGGCUAUUCGCACUGGUACUCCUCACCACACCAGGACACGAUGCAGAGACCGCAGAUGAUGUGAGUUGUCCGAGGGAAAUCGAUACCCCUAGGGGGAAACGUCUGAACCAGGCAAGGAGGAUCCGGGACCUGCUUGCAGCUGCCACACCGAGCCGAGCCCACGGAGCAGGCUCAGGAGAACUCACGUCUGACCAGACCGUCUGCGCACUCGCGCUCUCUCCCGCUCCCUCCGUCUCUGUUUCUCUCUCACACGCCUCCCUUUCUUUUCCUCCCUCCUCCCUUCUUUCCUUCCUUCCCACCUUUCUUUUCCUUUUUCCUUUUCUUUCCUCGUCUCGUCUGCCUUUUCCCUGGAGCAGCCUCAGUAAUUGAUCUUGCAUCUUAGGGACAGAGAGAGGGAGGGAGAGAGAGGGAGAGGCUGGUUACUAUGCCAGCGCUCCUGAACCCCCUCACUGUCACUGUAAGUAUAUUUUCCCUUACCCCUUGGGAUCCAGGCCCUGAGCCUCUUCUUCUCUUUGGGAGUAUCUAUCAAAACAACUUUUUUUACAGACAUCCCCCCCCACCACCACCAGAAGAAUCUGCGCAAACAUGGCAGCGUUUUUACUUGUUUAAUGAACUUAAGGCGUUACAUGAUGAAACAGAAGCAUUUCAGACUCCUACGUUUUUAUUUACCAAUCCCAGACUGACAAAAAUAAAUGAAUAAAUAAUAAGAAGAAAAAUAAAAGAAAAGCCCUCACAUAACAGCCAUUCUCUAAAGGAAAAGGAAAAAUCAGCUGAGAUUAGAACAUUGCCACAAAGGGAGCGCUGCAUGUUUUAUCAAAAUGCAAUGAACAAGAAUGAUGAUUUCUAAACAAAACAAAACCACUCUUUUCCCUACCCCCAAACCCUGAACCGGAAUCAGGAAAGACAGAGGAAACAACCAAAAUCAUGGUUCUAUUGCUUUGAUACUUUUACUAGGUGAAUUGGUGGCAUUCACUAAGCUAAUAGGGACGUUUAUAUCAAGAAACAUUUCUGUAUAUAUUGUUGAAUUUUAGUUGUACAUAUACUUUGUAUGUUUUUGUCUUCUUUCAUAUAUGGAGUAAAAGCCACAAAACGCUGGGAGUGUCCUGUA